UGGAAAACGGAACAAACAGGGCAUGGGGUGGCAGUUGAAGAAGGGGGACUUGAAGCAAUCAAAGUUCAUGCUGUCUGCUGUUCAGAAUAUCUCGGGGCGUAUAGAGGAGUUAGGAUGUCCGUGUUAUCUUUCAGGUCCAAAGGACAUAUCCUGGUUCAUCCUGGGCGCUCCUGUAAUACCAGUGACUGACAUUUGGUUCUCCGUCGACCUUAGCGAUGGGAUGACACUAGACGACCUAUUCCAAAAACUCAAAGUCUCCCAACGGAUCUGCAAAAUCCUCAUCGAGCAGGCCCCACCCCCCGAAAGCCUCGGUCUACACCCGGCAUUGGCGUACGGUUUAACAAAAGAUGGGAUACCUAUCUACAACCCCGGGCACACCCUCUUCUCCCACUUUACGCAGCCACGUUUGCGGAACGCGAUCUUGGCCGACUACGGGCUCCCGGAACGAACUGUGGAUCUUCGGAAGGCGUUUCUGGAUGGAGAGGAAAGGGAUCAGCUCGAUGAGUUGGUGAAGGCUGUAUGUGGCGUGCAUGCGGAGUUGAAGGGGGUGUUUGCGAACCUUGGGUGGUUUGUGAUACGUGAAGAAACAAAGGCGGUCGUCAAUCCAGCGCUGCCCUCACUGGCACAGCAACAAGAGGAUAAUCCAAGGGAUGAUAUAGUAUUCGAGGCCACGACAAUGCCGAUGAAGGUGCUCUCCGAAAGUGGUUAUCAUUGCGUCGUCUCUGGUAUGAUGGCAUCGUAUCUUCAGGCUAACGAUGCGGAAUUACUGUUGCCCGAAGUGAGUUCUGUAAAAGAAAUUUCGUCCAGAGAUGCUGAACUUUUUUUUCUCCCCCUAGUCAACGGAAAUCGCUGUAUUCUCUCACGACGAUGUCAAAGUCAUCCGGAGUCUCCUAUCGAAGCAUUCUCUGUUCUACACCGGAAGGAUAAAAGUCCCAGGAUUAGAGACGAAAUCGCAGGUCCUCUUUUAUAGAGUCCAUGGACGCGGCAGGGGAGCGCGGAAAUGGACGUUGUGCAAGUGUUUCGGCUUGAAAACGACGGUUUGCAAUAAGUAUCCAGAAGCUAGGAAGAUCCAGCGUAUCUUUAUCUGAGCUGUAAGAGUCCACCUGAUCCGUCAAAGCUUAUUAAUAGCACGUCAGCCGCGGUACGAUGAGCAUACAUACUCGCUGUUCACAGCAUUUGCCUAAGCAUUCUUUCUCGAGGUUAG